GCCUCUCAAAUUCCCCCUUUCAGUUCACAACAGACUGAAGCUCCAUCCCAGCCUGAUAACCCACCAGUGGAGACACCAGUGGAGCGGAUGGUGAGAAAGAAAUGGAAUCCUGUUGAUGACGAGGUCCUGAUCAGUGCCUGGCUAAACACAUCAAAAGAUGUUGUUGUCGGCACUGAACAGAAGUGCCGGAAUUUCUGGAAACGCGUAGGAGAUUACUUUUCAGCAGCUCAUCAUGAGAAGAGAGAUGGCGAGCAUUGUAAGCAGAGAUGGCAUAAACUCAAUGGGGAUACAAACAAGUAUUGUGCAGCAUACGCAGCUGCGGAGAGGCUUCAAAGUAGCGGUCAGAAUGACAACGACUUAGUGAAAAAAGCUCAUGAGAUCUACUUUGCGGAUCACGGCUCCAAGUUCACCUUGGACCAUGCAUGGUGUCUUCUGAGAUACGAACAGAAGUCGCUGAGCCUGAACACUCCAAAGUCUGGCGGUGAGAAGAGAAAGAUUGCUGAGGUUGGUUCCCAAGCAUCAAGCAGUAACGUUGGUGAGGAAGAGCCCCGUCCUGAAGGUAUCAAAGCUGCGAAAGCAAGAAGGAAUUCUAGGAAGGGGAUGUCUGUCGAGGACUUUAAGAGCGUCCACGAGCUCAAGAUGGAGGAUUUGGCGAAGAAGGAGAGGCUCUCGAAGCUGGCCAUUUUAGACACUCUCCUUGCUAAGAAGGAGCCAACCGAGAGGGAAGAAAAUGUGAAGAACAUGCUGUUGGCCGAAUAUUUCUAGUUUUAAAUCCUAAGAGUCUAUGUUUGUGUCAAGCGUCUAGUGUUGGAGGAGAAGCUGUGGCUUGUGUUCUAUGUGUUUUGUUUGUGUUUCAAGUUAUCGUUUGUGUUUAAUUCUAAGAAUUAGUUUCGGUUUAAUGUGUGUUGUGACCUGUGUUCUAUGUUCUGUUUUUAAAUUAUAUUCUCUGUCUAAUGUGUUCUGUUUUGAUUAUUCUCAGGCCAUGGGUUUGGAUUAUUCGUACACGCAGCCGUCUGAGUCGGAGGAUUACGGUUUAGGAGGUUCAGCAGACAGUGGAAACAGCUCUACAGAGAUGUAUAUCCAGCUGGACCAAGCUCAGAUCGAAGCCGCACGCCAUCAGUACCCUCCGCAGCCUGAAGUGGAGUUUGGCUUCCCCAAGGAGUGCUACUGUGGUGGCGAGCCACUUGUAGCCACUUCUUACACAAGAACUGACCCGGGGAGAAGGUUCUACACCUGCAAGAACAAACAGGACGGAGACUGCCAUGUCUACAAGUGGUGGGACGUCGCGGCUACAGAGGAGAUCAAAGCCAUUGGUGCACAAGUGACCCUCCUCACUGAUAAGGUAGAUUCUCUUUCAUUCGUCGGUUACGAGGAGACCGAGCUGCGGGAGUUAAAGGAAGUUCAAUUUGAUAUGGAGCAGAAAUUGGUUAGGUUGGAGAGCAUUGUCUGUGACUUAGGUAGAAAGAAAUCUAGAUUUGGUAAUGGGUUUGAACUAGUUCUAGGUGUUCUGGUUGUUGUGUUAGUGAUAAUAGCCAUCGGAGUAGCUGCUCGUAUGUAGGAUUAUCGCAAAUGUA